CGCGUCGCGCUAUGCGAACGUCACUGAGCGUCACCGAGCACAUGUCAUCUGCCACAUCCGCUGACCGUCGCGGAUCGCGCUGCAGUCUAGCGCGUUUAUAAAGCGAUGUUCGCGUAAAGUGUUCACCUCGUGUUCACCGUAUCAGCACGAUGGAAAAUCACGAGGAAGACGAUUUGGAGGAACUGCGGUCCACGGUCUACACGUUCCCGCCGAGCGUGCAGAGUGUGAUCGAACAGGUUUUGCCUAGUAACGAUCCACUGGACCAACCAAAUUUUAACGUGGUGGAUUACAUAAAUUCCUUGUUCCCUACUGAACAGUCUCUGUCAAAUAUCGAUGAUGUAGUGAACGAAAUGGAACUUAAGAUACGUACUAUCGACAAGGAGAUUCGCUCGGUGGUGCGUGGUCAGACGAAUGUAGGUCAGGAUGGUAGAGCAGCGCUCGAGGAUGCGCAAAAGGUGAUCAGGCAACUGUUUGUCCACAUAAAAGACAUAAAGGACAAGGCGGAACAGUCGGAGGAAGUGGUCAAGGAGAUCACAAGGGAUAUCAAGCAGUUGGAUUUCGCCAAGCGGAACCUCACCACCUCGAUGACGGCAUUGAAUCAUUUGCACAUGCUCGUGGAGGGAGUAGAUACAUUGAAAGUAUUAACGCAAAAGAAGCAAUAUGGAGAAAUCGUGUUACCAUUGCAAGCGGUGAUGCAAGUGAUGCAACAUUUCAACAACUACAUGGACAUACCGCAAGUGAAGCAAUUAUCUGAUCAGGUGCGUCAGAUCCACGUCGAAUUGGCGCAGCAGAUCACCGCGGAUUUCAAGCAGGCGUUUUCAGGCCAGAAUUCAAAGCAUUUCAAUCACUUAACGGAGGGCUGCUCCGUAUUAUCAGUAUUAGAUCCCAAAGUGAAGAAAGAUCUGCUCGUCUGGUUUGUGAACAUCCAAUUGCAAGAGUACGCGCAUCUGUUCGAUGAAAACCAGGACUUUGCUUGGUUGGACAAGAUCGAUCGCAGAUACGCAUGGAUCAAGAAACAUCUGCUCGAUUUCGAGUCGAAGUUCGGUACGAUCUUUCCGCCCGAGUGGGAAGUCUCCGAGCGGAUAGCCGUGCAAUUUUGCCAUGUCACGCGCGAGGAUCUCGCGAAAUUAAUGAACAAAAGACGCAGCGAGAUAGAUGUCAAGUUGUUGCUUUACGCGAUCCAGAGGACCGGUAACUUCGAGUCGUUACUGGCGAAGCGUUUUAUUGGCAGUACUCUGGAGGCCGGCGAUGCUAAGAGCACGGCAGUCAGCAACGACGCGGCCGAGAAAACUCCGGGAAAUCCCUUCGAGGAAGAAAAUAAAAAGAGUGAAAAUGAAAAGCCGAGGCCGUCUCCGUUCGCGAAUCUCAUAGGACGGUGCUUCGAGCCGUAUCUGAACAUAUACAUCGAGAGCUUGGACCGCAACUUGGCGGAUUUGAUGAGCAAGUUCGUGUCCGACUCGAAAACGCAGCCGCCAGGUGCGAAGGAAUUCAACGGCAUCGAGGGCCCGAGCAGCGUCCUGAGCUCGUGCGCUGACCUGUUUGUAUUUUACAAGAAGUGCAUGCUGCAGUGCACGCAGCUCAGCACGGGCUUGAUCAUGCUGAGCCUCGCCGAGACCUUCCAGAAGUACCUGCGGGAGUACGCACUCAAGAUUUUGCAGAAUAACUUGCCAAAAAUCGUGAGUAGUGCGGGAAUCGGCACCAGCAUGAGCAACAUCACGCGCGACUUCCGCGAUCUGUCGACUUCAGGCUUCAUACAGAACUUUCAGAGCUUUCUCAAGGAGGGAGAGACUGCCAGAUUUAGCAAAGAGGAGCAAUCUCGCAUAUGCUGUAUCUUGACGACGGCGGAAUAUUGUUUAGAGACGACGCAGCAACUGGAGGAGAAGCUUCGUGAGAAAAUAGAUAAAUCCUACUCUGAGAAAAUUAAUUUAUCUCAAGAGCAAGAUAUCUUUCACAACGUAAUCUCGAACUGCAUUCAGCUGCUGGUUCAAGAUUUAGAAACAGCCUGCGACUCCGCGUUGACUACGAUGACCAAGGUGCAAUGGAGUUCUAUGGAAGUCGUGGGCGAUCAGAGUAAUUACGUUAACACCAUAAUAGGGCACCUUCGGCAAGCUAUACCCACCAUCCGAGAUAGAUUGUCUUCUUGUAGAAAAUAUUUCACCCAGCUUUGCCUCAAUUUCGCCAAUUCGUUCAUAAUAAAAUUGGUGCAACAAUUAUACAAGUGCAAGCCAUUAAAUGCUGUCGGCGCGGAACAGCUACUAUUGGAUGUGCAUAUGCUGAAAACGGCUUUGUUGGACCUGCCAUCGAUGGGUUAUCAAAUACAGAGGAAAGCUCCCGUAACAUAUACUAAGGUCGUGCUUAAAGAAAUGGCGAAAGCUGAAAUGAUAUUAAAGAUCGUAAUGUCUCCGAUCGAAUCUCCCAGUGAUUUCGUGAAACAAUGCAGAAUGCGUUUGCCCAAUCUGCAAUCCUCGGAAUUCCAAAAGAUCUUGGACAUGAAAGGAUUGAAGAAAACCGAGCAAGUUCCACUGCUCGAGCAAUUCAAGCAGUCUGAGAACGCGAGUACCGCUGCCAAGAGCCACGCGAUGCACGACAGUCCGGAACACGAAGCCGGGAGGAUCAAGAAGCUGGAGAAGCUCAUCAAGAAGAGAAUCUAAGAGCGUAUUGUUAAGUAUUGUAACGCUCGUUGCAAUUGUACAUAUAUUGAGUUAGCAGAUUUUAUUAUAUCUAGGAUAAUGAAGAUUCUUUAUACAAAAUGGAGAAGUGUCGGCGCGGGAUUACUUCAUCGGAUAAAUAUAGAUACACGUAUACAG